UCUCUGCAACAACUACUCAUGAAAAAACAAAAGGAUCAAAACACACUACUCAAUCUAUCUCUCCAACAAUAAUUAACACCAAAAUCCUUUUCAUUUAAUCCAAAUUUUUUUUUAUUUUUUUUUUCUUCUUAUUGAAUUUGUGAGAACCAAAUUUGGGAGUGGGAAAAAAGGAGAUGAAGGGAGUAAAAGGGAAGCUAAUAAAGAAACUGAAGACAAUCAAGACAAUUGGGUACCUAAAACCCGAAAGAAUUCUUCAGGUAAACGCAGUAGACGGCUAUUUCCACACUUCGCCCCCAAAAUCGACCCCCGUUUUGUCCCGUACUCCGUUCGCAACAAUUCACGAAUCGCCGAAAAGGAAUCGCAAUGAGAAUAUUCUUCAUUUUCAAGAACCCGAAAUCAUCGAUGUGUCCGAGCUAAUGAAGGAUCUCGAAGAUCAAGAACCCGAUUUCUAUACCGAUAAGGAGAACAUAAGACCCGAGAAAACGGGGGCCAAAACCCCCGAUUGUGAUAAUCCGGAGUCUUUUAGGCGGCCCGAUUUGAAUUCGGGCACCCUUUUCGACCCGAACCUCUUAGCAGCCUUCAAGCAGGCAGUACUAGAAGCCAAAGAACUCGAAGCCGAGAGAAGAUCAAGAAUAUUCGAGGAGAGCAUUUUAAGAGAAGAUUCAUACGAGCCCCCUUCGAAAUCGAGAAAAAUCGAUCAAAUUAUGAAAAACCCGAUCACGGAAUUCGAAGAAAGGUGUCCACCUGGCGGGGGCGAAUCGAUCGUUCUCUACACGACAGGGAUUAGAGGGAUUCGAAAGACAUUCGAGGACUGCACAAAGAUCCGAUCUUUAUUGCAGAAUCUCAAAGUGUCGUUCUUCGAGAGAGAUGUCUCGAUGCAUUCGGAGUUUAAGGAAGAGAUGUGGAGGAUUUUGGGCGGGAAAUUUGUUCCUCCGAGGUUGUUUAUCAAGGGGCGGUACAUCGGCGGAGCGGAGGAGGUCUUAGGGUUGCACGAGCAAGGGAAGCUUAAGCCGCUCAUCGAAGGAAUCCCGAUUGAUCGAAAUGAAGGCCCUUGUGAAGGGUGCGCUGGUUUUAGGUUUGUCGUUUGUUUCGACUGUAGCGGCAGCCAGAAAAUCUUGCCGGAGAAUGGCGGCGAGUCGGUGGAUUGCUCGGAGUGUAAUGAGAAUGGAGUGAUUGUUUGUCCAUUUUGUUGUUGAAUGGAUUCAUUUUAUAAUUAAGUUCCAACUCUCUCCUCUAUGUAUUUGUGUUUAUGUUGGCAUUCUUUGGUUGUGUUAAUAAGGUGUCUCAUUUUUUUAUUUUUACAUUUAGAAAGUAAUGUUUUAUGCAUAAAUGAAUUUAUGUUGUUGUAAUAUUUAUUUAUAAGAGUGAUUUGUAAUGACGAUUGUGGCAAUUGUGAUAAGGAAGAAACACCCUUUAUUCUCUCUCA